AAUGGAUCCUAAUAAAUUCAUAAAAUAUUAACCAUAUUAAAUGACUGAUUCAGUUAAAGCAGGAGGAUUAUUUAGUCCUGAAUAAUGUGAAUAACUUGCUAAAAAAAUUCUUAGUUUAUAUGAUGAAAAUAAAGAUGGAUAACUCGAUUUAUUGGAUGUAAGUUAAAUGUAGUAGGAUUGCUAUAGAGCUAUGAACAAGAAUUAUAACCCAACACCAACUGACAUAGCAGCUUUUACAAGAAAAAUGGAUAGUAUUAAUUUAAGAGAUUUUCUAGCAUUCGGCUAAGGGAGGGUUGAUGAAAAAAUGAUACGUUCUUUAUGUAUAAAAAAUCUUUCUACUAUGGUUUCAAGCAAUAAUUCUGAAAUAAAAAUUGAAAAACCUCUUUAAGAAUUAAAUGUACAAAUUUAACCAUCACUUCCAUCUGAUUAGGUUGAAAUCUAAUUAGAGUCAUCGAAUUAAGAAAGUAAACAAAAUUUAUAUAUUGAAAGCCUAAAUAGAAGUUAAAUAGGAAGCUCCGAAAGUAGAACAAAAAUAAAUAUUUAUUAAACAAUAAUAAGAAAUCUCAAUUCCUUUACCUGUUUAGAAAACUGUUUAAGAAUAACCAAAAUAAGUUGUUUAGAGCCCAAUAAAUGUCGAAAAAACUAAUCCAGAGCCUAAAUAUUCUAAGAUUGUCUAAGAUCGAUUAAAAGUGGCAAGGAGAAUCUUUACUUUUAUAGACACUGAUAAAAGUGGUUUUAUAACAGAAGCGUACUUAAUUAUUUGAAAAUAGAGAAGUACCUAGUUUGUUAAUUGAAACUUACAAGUAAAUGGGAAUGACAAUUGAACCAACACAAGAGGAUGUUGAAUUAUGGAUGGAAAUGGCUGAUACAGAUAAAGAUGGAAAAGUUACAUUAGUAGAUUAUGAAGAUCUUAUAAUUAAAGGAUUAAGACAGUAAGGAAUAACUUUGGAAUGA